AUGACUUCAACACUGGACCACCCUACACUGGGACCUCUACAAGGUCUCCCGCUCCCCUUAAGCGUCCAGUACAGGGGAAUACCAUAUGCUCACUUCAUUGGGCGCUUCAAAGAAGCAUCACUACACCACGGCCCGAUAGCUUCACCGGCGAGGCCGUAUGAUGCGACAAGAUGGGGCCCUCUUUGCCCACAAAUACCAGACGGUAUCAAGUUUGACUUUGCACUUUGCGGGGCGGAGCUCCCCCACGAUGCAGAGUAUAAACAGAGCGAAGAAGAUGGAUUAAAUGUCGUCAUCACGGUGCCGAAAGGCCUAAAACCAGGCGAGAAGUUACCAGUUAUCGUUUGGAUUCACGGCGGCUACUGGGUGGUCGGCGGUAACUCCUGGCCACAAUAUGAUCUCCAAAACUUCGUGGAUAUAUCGGUUAAGCAGAAAAAGCCAGUAAUAGGUGUCGCUUUCAAUUAUCGACUUGGAGUACUCGGUCUCCUUUCAAGUAAGGAACUAAAAAACACUGGGAACUACGGGCUGAAAGACCAAGUUCUAGGCUUCCGAUGGUUACAAAUGCAUAUUGAAGGGUUUGGCGGCGACCGGCAUAACAUAACGGCGUUUGGGGAGUCGGCCGGCGCUAUGCUACUUUCCGCAUUACUUCAGAUCUCAACUCCGCUCUUUAAUAGGGCGCUGGUAAUGUCUGGUAGCGCAACUCUACGUCCGUCAAAAGUCGAGCACCAGCAAGAGGCACUAUACCGCGAUGUUAUACAAGCGUUGGACCUGGAAAACAAAUCCACUGAGGAGAGGAGAAAGGAAUUGAGUAGACUAUCUCCAGAUGAUGUGAUAUCAAAAUUACCACCUCUGAUUCAUGUUGGCCCCAGCAUAGAAGAUGGAUUCCUGGAUGAUGUUGUUACUUUGAAUACAAUAGCUGGAAAGACACGAACGUCUUGGUGCGAGGAGCUCGCCAUUGGAGACUGUUUCCAUGAUGCUAGUUGUUUUAAAACGCGUGUUCUGAACCACCCUAACAAUGCAACAUACUUCAUAGAUUGCAUAAAGUCGACACUAGCACCAACUGCAGCAUCUGAGAUGAUCAAAGCGUAUGACCUCUCAUCUUCCGAUCCCUCGGAAAAGUCAUUGGUACACUGCAUGGAGCUCCUCACCGACCUACGCUGGUAUCUCCCAGUUAUACAUACUAUCUAUGACGGUACCGAAAGUUCGAGCAAAGUUUCGCGCUACCAUUUUCACCAGCCCAACAAUUUUGAAUCUCAAUGGAAAGGACUAGCAGCACAUCUUUUCGAUAUUACAUUAUUGCUACAAAACCAUAGACACCUACUAAAUUCCGAGGAAAUAGAAUUGGGAGAAGAUAUGGCUGCGAGAGUUUUUAGAUUCGCAUACGGUGAAGGAUUUAUUUCGCAGUGGGAGCAGGCUGCUAGCAAGAAGGUAGUAGUAGUAUGGGGGCCGAAUGGACAGACUAAAAUUGUCGGCGACGAAGAGAACGCUGCCAAAAUGGUCAACAUCCUCUCCGCGGUCUUCCCCCUUUACAUGUACCCUUCGAGCUGCUCCACAUCUGCUACUGCGCCGUCUUGCGCCUGGUACCCCUUUUUUCAAUCUAUAACUUCAAAUCCAUCCGUAAUCUUCAACAUCAUCGUGAAUCCCAAUAGCGGGCCUGGUGACCUCUACGGCUACCCAAACGAUGAUUGGAAAUCAGUCCUCAGCUAUGCCAACAGUCUCAAUAACACCAACUUCAUCGGCUACGUGGAUAGUAACCCCACAAUUAUCCCCGCUUCAGUGUAUAAGCCACAAAUUCAGACAUACAAGAACUGGGCUAACUUCACCGGGAAGGAUAUCCACAUUGAUGGCAUCUUCGUUGACGAUAUGGCAUACGGCGCCUCCUCAAAAAGCUACUACAUCUCCUUCGCGAAUAACAUAAAAUCAGUCUGGUCGUCCCCUCCCUCUCGCCCAGCCCCAUAUAUCAUGAUGAACCCUGGGCAGCCCAUUGAAUGUAACUUCUACACUAACGUCGACAGCAUCGUUAGUUUUGAGGAUUAUUACUCGAACCUUUACAGGGCCCCGUUUAUCAAAGCGCCAUAUACGAACUGUCCGCGGUAUAAACAAGCAAUUAUAAUUCACGAUUUCAACGGCACGGCUCUGGAUCAGCAGCAGAUCUGUGACGACAUGGGACAAAAAUUUAGAGUUGGCAAUAUAUUCAUCACUUCGGCCGUUCAAGACGAUUCAACCCACCAGAAUCCCUACGAUGAAGUUUCGCCCCUCUUGCAACAGUUUUCUGCAAGCGUCAAGGCGACGAAUUUUUGGAUUCUCGCUCACCCACAGUGGUAUGCAGACAUUUGA